AUGGGUGCUGUCGUCUCUUGUGUUCAAUCCGUCUUCCGGACCAUCGGCAACUGCCUCACCUCCGUCAUCUCAGGCAUCGGAGGCAUCCUGCACGCCAUCAUUGGCGGCAUCGUCUCUUUCUGCAACAUCAUCAUCAGCUUCCUCACCUGCGGCUACUGCGGUCGUCGCGGCAGCGGCGGCGGACGCCGCCACAAGACUACGACUAGAAGUCGAGUCUAA